AUGGCGAGCUAUAGCCCAGCCCGGUCGGACACGAAAAAAAAAACAGAUCGCAGCGCCAGCCCCUCCCCUCGACCCGCACCACCAGAACAGAGAGCGCCGCUAGGGUUCCAGCGCCGCCGCCGCCAUUCUCCAGCGCCGCCGCCGCCCACUCCUACACCGUGCCCCCAACCCCUCCUCCAAUGGCAGCACCGUCGCCGGAAUCUCCUCCCGUGCCCUAGCGCCACCGCGCCGGCACCACCGCUGCCGGGCACCACCUCCGCCGCCGCCGCCGCCGCAGGGCAGCACUGCUGCAGGGCACCACCUUCGUCGCUGCUGGACUGCAAAGGAGAGGCAGCUGCACGGCCGCCGGACACCAUCUCCCCCUCUGCCCCAUCUACCCCCACGGGAUCAAUCUUUUCACCUCCAGGAGCACUAUUGGUCAUGUUGCCGUCGCCAUCGCUGUCUACUACCUCCUCUACGGAUCAUCUAGGGUCUCGACUGGAGGAGCAGAGGCGACUGCUAGAUGAGAAGUUGGAGGAGAGGUUGGCGGAGGAGAGGCGACCGGCGGAUGAGAAGAGGGCGGAGGAGAGGCGACUAGCGGAUGAGAGGAUGCAACAGUACUUUGCAAUGUUUGCGGCUUAUUGUACCCAUAAUGGUAUGCCCGCUAUGCAGAUGCCUGACAUUGCUUCACCCCCUAUGUAUCAAUCAGGCCAUGGCUCAAAUAAUGAUGGAUGUUCACAUGCAUCAGGCCCAAACGCCAAUGACCAUGGUGGUUCUCCAAAUCUUUGAGAUCGAGUAUGGUUGCCACACAGAUGCUCUUUGGACUAUGAUAUGGACAUGAAGACAUUUGUUGUAGUGCCAAAUUUUACGUACUGAUGCCUGCUUUGUUCAUUUGCUAUGGAAAACUUUGUACUCUUGCUAUGGAAAACUUUGUACUCUUAUAUUUGCUAUGGACUAGCUCGCUAUGGGCAUUUGGUAUACUCUGUGUGGUAUUUGAUAUGAAUGUGUUAUGGAACAGUGCUAUGAACUGUGUCAUAUUUGCUAUGGAACAGUGCUAUGAAUUGUGUCA